GUUAAUAAUUCUUUUCCCUUUAUUUCCUACGACGCAGCAUUGUGGCAAUACACUAAACUGUUGCAAACUAAACACCAUGAUGGAGACUGUCGAAAUUCCAGAGCCUUCAGGUUUGCCUCUUCUGGGUAACAUUACAUCAAUCAACCCUGAGUUUCCUCUGGGGUCAAUGGUAUCGCUCGCUGAACAGUACGGCGAGAUCUACCGUUUGAAAUUCCCCGGCCGAAGUGUCGUGUUCCUUUCCACGCAGGCUUUGGUCAACGAGACAUGUAACGAAAAGCGGUUCAAGAAGUGUGUUAAUUCAGCACUCACUGAACUCCGAGAAGGAGUUCACGAUGGGCUCUUUACAGCCAAACUCGGAGAGGAGAACUGGGGUAUCGCUCACAGAGUGCUGAUGCCAGCCUUUGGACCCUUGUCAAUCCAGAGCAUGUUCGACGAGAUGCACGACAUUGCCUCCCAACUUGCUCUCAAGUGGGCACGAUACGGACCCGACUCGCCCAUCAUGGUGACCGAUGACUUUACUCGUCUGACGCUCGACACACUGGCAUUAUGUUCUAUGGGCUAUAGAUUCAACAGCUACUAUUCCCCAGUUCUCCAUCCUUUUAUCAAGGCAAUGGGUGAUUUUCUCACAGAGGCUGGAGAAAAGCCUCGAAGAUUGCCUUUACCUGGAAUUGUCUACCGCGAGCGCGAUCGCAAGUACCAACAGGAUAUCGACACCCUGAGAAGUACUGCGAAGGAGGUUCUCGACGCCAGAAAGGCUGGUGGAAGCACACGGAAGGACCUUUUGACAGCCAUGCUUGAAGGUGUCGACACGAAAACUGGCAAGAAGAUGACCGACGAGAGCAUCAUGGAUAACUUGAUCACCUUUCUUAUUGCAGGGCACGAAACUACUUCAGGACUCUUAUCUUUCGCUUUCUAUCAGCUCCUCACACACCCAGAUACCUACCAGCUUGCUCAGAAAGAGGUAGAUCAAGUGGUCGGCAAAGGGCCUAUUCAGGUGGUGCAUCUCUCUAAACUUCCAUACCUGAAUGGUGUUUUGAGAGAAACCCUUCGCCUUAACGCGACUCUCCCUCUCUUCACUGUCGAGGCUUUUGAAGACACUCUCCUUGGGGGCAAGUAUCCCGUCAAGGCUGGCGAAACAAUUCUCAACCUCCUCGCAAAAUCACAACUCGACCCCACGGUAUUCGGCGACGACGCAAACGAGUUCAAGCCAGAACGCAUGUUUGAUGAAAACUUUGCCAGACUGAACAAGGAAUUUCCUAACUCAUGGAAACCCUUUGGUAACGGUAUGCGAGGCUGUAUCGGAAGGCCUUUUGCUUGGCAGGAAGCUCUACUCGUCAUGGUUAUGCUUCUGCAGAAUUUCAAUUUUGUUCUUGAUCCUAACUAUCAGCUCGGCUUCAAGCAGACCUUGACUAUCAAGCCUAAAGAUAUGUAUAUGCGGGCGAUCCUGAGGGACAACCUUACGCCAACCACUCUUGAGCGCCGGCUGGCCGGUCUGUCUGUUUCAGCAGUAGAAAUGGCCAAUGCGGCGAAUGGCGGCAAGUCUACUGACGCUAAGGAGGGUGUCCCUAUGACCAUCUUGUAUGGAUCUAAUAGUGGGACAUGCGAGUCGUUGGCGCAGAGAGUUGCAACUGAUGCCGUGGCGCAUGGGUUCCACGUCGCCAAGAUUGAUUGUCUUGACACGGCAAAUGGCAACCUACCCACCAACCAGCCUGUUGUCAUCAUCACCUCAUCAUACGAAGGCAAGCCUCCCGACAAUGCUGGGCACUUUGUUGCCUGGCUUGAGAAGACUGAGCAAGCGGCCAAGCUAUUCAGCAAUGUCUCGUAUGCCGUUUUUGGCUGUGGUCACAAGGAUUGGGUACAGACCUUUCACCGCAUUCCCAAGUUGGUGGACGAAACUCUAGAAAGGUUUGGCGCUACUAGACUCAUCGACAUAGGUCUCAGCGAUGUAUCUGAGAAUAUGGUCUUCAGUGACUUUGAGACCUGGGAAGAUAACAUUCUGUGGCCUGCUCUUGAAGAGCGCUAUAAGCCCGAGUCCAAAAAGAAUUCUACGGACAAGGGACUGAGCGUCAAGAGUUCUAACCUUAGGGCCCUUACCCUCCGUCAAGAUGUCAAGGAGGCGACCGUGGUCGCAACCAAGACACUAACAAGCAGCACCAAUGCCAAAUCCAAGAAGAAGCACAUCGAGAUACAAUUGCCCGAAGGCACUCAAUACAGAGCCGGAGACUACCUUGCUGUUCUGCCCAUCAAUUCUCAAGAUGUAGUUCGCCGAGCACUGAGGAGGUUGAGGCUUCCAAUGGAUGCUCACUUGGAGAUUACGAGCAGCACGCCAACGGCCCUCCCCACUGACACGUGUGUAUCAGCGCUGGAGUUGUUCAGUUCUUACGUUGAACUUUUGCAGCCGGCCACAAAGAGGAACCUUCUUACUAUUGCCGAAGCUGCGCCCGACUCAGAGACCAAAGUUGCAGUGACCUCGCUAUCCGAGGACAAUUAUAUCGAGGAAGUCAGCAACAAGCGUGUAUCAGUUCUGGAAAUCUUGGAACGGUAUCCCUCUGUCGAACUACCUAUCAGAGACUUCUUGCAGAUGUUGCCAUCUAUACGAAUUCGUCAAUACUCCAUCUCCUCGUCUCCUCUAUGGAACCAGUCUCGGGCCACAAUCACUUUCUCGGUCCUCCAAGGACCCGCUUUGUCAGGUCAAGGCACGUACAACGGCGUCGCAACCUCUCACCUCGACUCUCUAGCUGAGGGUGACACGCUCCAAGUAGCCAUCCGUUCAUCACCUGCUGCUUUCAGCCUUCCCUCAAGCCCGGAACGUACACCCAUAAUUUGCGUUGCCGCUGGGUCAGGACUUGCGCCGUUCCGGGGUUUUAUACAGCAACGAGCCAUGAUAUACGAAUCAGGUCGCAAGCUCGCGCCAGCUCUGCUCUUCUUCGGCUGCCGUGCUCCUGAUCAAGAUGAUCUUUACCGCGAUGAGUUCGACAACUGGCAAAACCUCGGGGCGGUAGACGUGCGACGAGCGUACAGUCGACAUGGAGAGGGGUGCAGAUAUGUCCAAGACCGGAUCUGGCAAGACAAGGAAGAUUUUAUCGAACUCUGGGAGAAGGGUGCUACGGUGUAUGUAUGUGGCUCAAGGGCGAUGGCUGACUCGGUAAGAGAGGUCAUGAUUAGAGUGAGGACAGAGAUGGAGAAGAGAUCCGGCGGUGAGAUGGACUUUGACGAGGCAAAGAAGUGGUUCGAUGAACAACGGAAUGUGAGGUAUGUGAUGGACGUAUUUGACUAGGUAGAUGGCUGCGUGAGGAAUAUAGAGAGACCGGGUAAGAGACAAGUAAAUGGAUUUUAUAGUG